AUGGAUAGUGUAGGCGAGUCAUCUACUCAAGAAUGUGGAGCAUACGUGUUCCAUCCCGAUGAAAAUAAAGCUAUAAGACUGAUAGAUACACCUGGAAUAGGUGAUACCAGAGGAAUCGAAUAUGAUAAAAAGAAUUUUGAGAAUAUUUUAAUGUGCGUUAGCCAAUAUGACUAUUUGAAUGGAAUUUGCAUACUCCUUAAACCUAACAACGCACGGUUGAAUAUAAUAUUUAGAUAUUGUAUACAAGAAUUAUUAUCACACCUUCAUAAAAGUGCCAAGGAUAAUAUCGUUUUCUGUUUUACUAAUACUAGAGGAACCUUUUUUCGCCCGGGAGAUACAUUUCCAGUACUAAAAAGACAACUCCAAGAACUUAAAGAAAAUUUUAAUAUUGAAAUAAAAAUUUGUAAAGACACAAUAUACUGUUUUGAUAACGAAUCAUUUAGAUAUCUAGUUGCAGUUAAGAAGGGAAUGAUAUUUACAGAUAACGAUAAGGAAAAUUUCAUAUCUAGUUGGGAAAAAUCAACGGAAGAAUCAGUGAGACUCCUUCAAUAUAUUACAAGCUGUACACCUCAUAUAAUAAUUAAUACUAUAUCGCUUAACAAGGCCAGACAAACAGUAAUGAUACUCUGCGAGCCUCUUGCGGAAGUAAAUCGAAAUAUUCAAGAAAAUACUGCUGCAAUUAAAAGGCUAAAAAAGGAAAUACAGAGAGAUGAUCUAACCGACGAAGAACUUAUGAAUAAGCUAUAUUUUCCAUGUAUAGAGCUUGAGUUAGAAUUAUUCGAUCGACCCAGAGUUGAAUGCACAAAUAACUAUUGUCAAAAAGCAGUCAUUAAUAAAACAGUAGAAAGUUGCCAUGUUAAAUGGAAAAAGUUAAACACAUUUAUGCUGAAGCGUAAUGGAGCUAUGAAAUUUGGAAAGUGUAAAUCUUGUAGCUGUCCUGCGAAAAAUCAUAAACCAAUUUUUUAUGAGAGUAAAUCUAAAUAUUCAAAGAAAUUUUACGAAAAUAAAUUUCCAGAAAAUAAAUUAGGUCAAAUUGACAAGGAAAACCAUCUAAAAAUGCUCCAAGAAAAGAUCGACCAGCUAAAAGCGCAACAAGAUAUGGUCGGCAAUAUUGUAAUUCAAUUUACACAAUUCCUAAUCCAAAAUGCCAUAGCCAAUUUUAAUGAUUCUUAUGCAGAAUACCUCGACUAUAUUAUACAACUUGAAAGAAGGAAAUUCAAUGCUUCUAAAGAUUACAAUAACGAAAUCCUUGAAGGACUUGAAGAAAUAAAAAGGAAGUAUGAUGAAAAGGUAAAACUUAUUAAAAAGAAGAUUGAAAAUGGUGAACAUCUCUCCAAUUCACCCUCUAUCGAGGAUAUAUUUAGACUUGAACAACAAUUAUAUAGCUUACCAGACGUCGAACAAUAUUUACGAAAUGUAAAAAAAGAGGAGGAAAGAACAUUAAA